AUGGAAGUUGUGCCGGGCCUUGGAGACCAAGGCCGAGCAGCCGGCGCAGAGGCUGCCGCCUCUGUCGCUUCACCGGGAGGACGACGAAGGUCCCCCGGAGCUACGCCACAGAGUCCAGAAUCUGGAACGACAACUAGCCGAUUAGGAGCACGAUCGACGGACCACCGAUCCUACUUACUCCCCGUCCCCAGAGAGCCGGGAGAAAGAUUUCCACCGGAGUCACCCCGGAAUGCCUCCGCUUCCAGAACGGAAGCGGAAAGCACCCGAGAAGACUCUCCCAUCCCGAGAAGAAGAAACGACACAAUCAUCUACUCCCGAGGCAAGGAAACGCACCACACAGGGCGAGAUCGCGAAGGCGAAGAAGGAAGGCCUGUGAGGACGCGGCAACCCGUGAUAAUGGGCACCACCCCGUUCCAUCGGUCCAUCCUUGAGGUCCGGUUGCCGAAGCACUUCGACAAACCAACGGACAUGAGGUACAAUGGAACCCAAGACCCUCUGGAACACCUCACGGCUUUCGAGGCUAGAAUGAAUCUGGAGGGAGUAGGGGACGAGGUGAGGUGCCGGGCCUUCUCGGUCACCCUAGCCGGACCUGCGAUCCGAUGGUUUAACGGCCUCCCGCAGGGAUCCAUCUAUGGAUUUUCGGACAUCAGCCGUGCCUUCUUGGCUCAGUUCACAACACGAAUAGCAAUGGCAAAACACCCGAUCAACCUGCUCGGGAUAACCCAAAGACCCGGGGAGCCGACCAGAAAAUACCUGGAUCGCUUUAACGACGAAUGCUUGAAAAUUGACGGCCUAACCGACUCGGUGGCCAGCCUUUGCCUGACGAACGGCCUCCUGAACGAGGACUUCCGAAAACACCUUACCACGAAACCGGUUUGGACGAAGCACGAGAUCCAAACGGUGGCUAAGGAAUACAUAAAUGACGAAGAAGUCAGCCAGGGUAAUGGAGAGAGACACAAAGAACAAGCCAAAGAGGGAGGGCCGACCAAGGCACACAGACCGUUUCCCCGGAUCGGGAAGUUCACCAACUACACUCCACUCACUCUCCCCAUCGUGGAAGUUUACCAACAAAUAGCCGAGAAAGGGAUCUUGUCGAAGCCCCAACCACUCAAGGACCGUACGGGGGGAAACAAGAGCCUCUACUGUGACUACCACAAAGGCUAUGGACACCAAACACAGGACUGCUUUGACCUGAGGGAUGCAUUAGAGCUAGCAAUAAGAGAUGGAAAACUCUCUGAAUUCUCCCAUCUCAUACGGGAGCCGAGGAGACGGCAACGCGACCAAGACAGCGAGGAGGCCAAGACCCGAGCGGCAAAGCGGCGACAAGAGCCAGAAGACAAAGACCACGGUCUCACUGUGAUAAACGUAGUAACCGCCAAAAACACCACGCCGAGGUCUAGGUCAGCUCACAAUAAAGAAGCCAAAAUCCUGGCGGUCUCCUUCGCCCCAAUGCGAAGCUCCAAGAAGCCCCCAUCCGUCUCCUUUGGCCCAGAAGACCAAUGGUUCGACGAGGCACCCGAAAACCCACCUAUGGUCAUCAGGGCCAGGGUGGGAACCGGCCUCGUCAAACGGAUCCUUGUCGACACGGGGGCAGACUCGAACAUCAUGUUCCGCAAUGUGUUUGACGCUCUAGGAUUAAGGGACACCGACCUAUCAUCGCACCAACACGGGAUCAUCGGAUUAGGCGACCACUUCAUCAGGCCAGACGGAGUAAUAUCCCUGCCGAUCUCUAUGGGACAGGCACAGGGCUGA